GUUCGGGUCGUGUCUGAUAUUGCGAGACCUUAUUCUCACGCAUACCCCUCCUCAUCUCCGAGCCUCCAAUCGGGUAAACCAUUUUCCGAUCUCUUCACCGGCGAUUUUAUCUUUCCGGCGCAACUUUCAGAUAUCGUGCAGAGUUAAUGAACCGUGGCAUCUUCCGAAGACUAUAUGCUGAUUGAGGAACUCAGGAACUGAGUGUAUGGCUUUGGUCAAUGUCAUCCAUUGUUGCCUUGAUUCUAUCCGACAAAUAUCGGAAGAUAUAAAAGGCGCAAUUAUAUAUUUGGAUGCUGGAUGUACAGAGAGUUUCCAGCUUCUCGGGGCAUUCCCGCUGUUGCUGGAACUUGGUGUUCAAGCCAUUUGCAGCUUGGAAAAUAUGUCUCCCCUUGAUGUGGUGGCUGGUUGGAAUUCUCAAUUUGAUCCUGAAAGCAAAAUUGUAGUCAUCACAACACGUCUUUUAAGUGAUGCACAUCGUUACAUUUUACGUUGUCUAAGCACCCAUCAAAGUGUCUGGCAGUGCACAAUAUAUACGUCUAUUUCAGAGGUUGCCCACUCAACGUAUCCCGAUUCCCCUCUAGGGCCAGACGCCUUUCACGAAUAUGAAACUUUACUUGUUCAAGAUUAUAUGGAGCUGAACAAGAGAUCUGAGACAAAAUCUCAACUGCCAGUAGAUACUGAGCUGAAGGAAAGUUCCAUUGAAGAGGAAGGGUGGGCACAACUCACACCCACUGAAGAGGAAGGGUGGGCGCAACUUCCACCCACUGAAGAAGGUAUUUCAAACUUCGGGUCCAUUUCAAAUGCUGAAGACUUAUCCGGAAAUGCUCAAACAAUGCAUGAAGAAUCUGAAGGACAAAAGUUGGUUGUUUCUGUGCUCCACUUCCCAAUGAUAUUGUGUCCCUUCUCACCGAGAGUUUUUGUCUUACCUUCGGAAGGAACAGUAACUGAAUCAUUUCUUUGUACCCAGCAUGAGAAUUCCCUUAGCCCUGGAUUGCCACCAUUAAGUACCAAGCUGGAUUCUUAUAGUGAGGAUAUCCCUCCUGGGGCAUCUCUUACUGCACAACUUUUGUAUCAUCUGGCCAUUAAGAUGGAUCUGAAACUGGAGAUUUUUUCCCUUGGUGGUUUAUCAAAAACCAUUGGAAAGCUUUUGACAGACAUGUCUAGUCUGUAUGACGUAGGUCGUCGUAAACGCACAGCAGGGCUGUUGCUCAUGGAUCGUACCCUUGAUCUGCUCACCCCCUGCUCUCAUGGAGAUUCACUUGCCGGUCGUAUAUAUUCAUCCUUACCUCGUAGGCAGCACAAUUCCUCCAGUCAAAGUAAGGGCUCGCAAUCUCAACUGAAAGAUGCUCCUCAGAAGCUAAGACGUGAUCCCCUUGAUGUUAAGAUUCCGUUGGCAGAUAUUUUGAAUGAAGAGGAUUCCAGCAACAACUUUGGGCUGUCGAACAGCAUUGAAGCUUUUUUACAAGGGUGGAAUUCUUAUAAAUCAGAUUCUCAGAUAACCGAAUAUAGUGAUCUCAGUAAAAAACAUCAAGGCGAGAAGUCCUUUUCUUCAGACAGUGAGCUACUUAGUGGAUCCUUUGUCUCCACUGACAAUUUUAAUGGAACUCCAUAUUUAGAAGCCUUACUGGACAGAAAAACAAAAGAUGGGACUAUGCUGAUAAAAAAGUGGCUUUUAGAAACUCUGCGCAAGGAAAACGUGUCUGGCAAUGUGAAGGUUCGUCCCGGUCUUCCUUCAAAAGCUGAGUUGCGAAAUAUGAUAAAAGCACUAGCCAAAAGCCAGUCUUCUUUAAUUAGAAACAAAGGAAUUAUUCAAAUAGCAGCGGCGACAUUACAUGCCAUGGAAGAAAGCCAUUCUGCUAAGUGGGAUGCUUUUGCCAGUGCUGAGAAAAUCUUAACUGUCAAUGCUGGAGACACCAGCCAGAGCCUUGCCGCCCAAAUGAGUGAUCUUAUUAACAAGAGCUGUUUACUGCGAUCACAAGGAAAUAAGGCUGGUUCAUCACAGGGACUCAUUUCCUUUCAAGAUGCUUUGCUCCUUACGAUUUCUGGAUAUAUAUUGGCGGGUGAAAACUUUCCGACAUCUGGAUCUGGCGGGCCAUUUUCAUGGCAGGAGGAACACUUUCUGAAAGAAGCUAUUGUCGAUGCAAUUCUUGAGAAUCCAGAAGCAGGAAAGUUAAAAUUUCUUCAUGGGCUUGCGAAAGAACUUGAAGCUAAUAUAGAGAAAAAUAAAACAAAGCAAACGAAUGAAGAGUCUUCAGAGCAAAUUGAUGACUUCGAUGAUGAUCAGUGGGGUGCUUGGGGUGACGAGGAUAAUAAUAAAAAUGAAGUUUAUAGUGACAUGCAGCUGAAGUUAGAUUUGCGUGAUAGGGUUGAUAAUCUAUUCAAAUUUCUUCACAAGUUAUCCGGUUUAAAAACAACUAUAUCACCUACGCUGGGCUCUGAAAGUAACUAUAGUGGAGAUCUCUAUUCUAGCAAAGGACUGCUACAUAAGAUUUUAACAAGGGUAUUGAACAAGUAUGAUAUACCUGGCAUGGAAUACCAUUCCUCUACCGUCGGGCGACUCUUUAAAAGCGGGUUUGGAAGGUUCGGACUAGGACAGGCAAAACCAACUCUUGCUGACCAAAGUGUUAUUUUGGUCUUCGUUGUCGGCGGUAUUAGUGCUCUUGAGGUUCGUGAAGCCCAGGAGGCACUGUCUGACAGCGGAAGGCCAGAUAUAGAACUUAUGCUUGGUGGAACAACUCUUUUAACUCCGAAUGACAUGUUUGAGUUGCUUCUUGGAGAGUCGAGCUACACUUAGGCCUGUAACUAUUAGUGGCAGUUUUGCAAUUCUUCAGUAGGGGGAUCAUUCAUCCCUGCAUCAUAUAUACUCCUGAAGUUUGAUGUACAUGCAGACUGAAUAUGAUGCUUGAUAUACUCUUCAAGUUUGUGCCAGAAGAUGAAUUAGUCAUGGCCCAUCUCUCUCUACCUAUCCAGCAAGAGACCAGAAGUCACCGGGAAUGUAGAAAGAACAAAAUUUGAACGUAAUUGACACAGAGCUAGGCUCCUUAUAUCUGCCUUGUAUCUGCCGAAAGAUGACUUUGAGAAAACAAUAGAACACAGAGGUCUACAUAUACGAUAACUAAGAGUGAAGACUCGUAAAUUUUAGCUAUUAUUUAGUUUAGUUUUUAUUUUACUGAAAUAUAAUAUUAAUUUUAUUUUGAAAUGACAUGAUUUAAGAUAUUAUUUCAUAUCUCAAUUUUGUAUUAUAUUUGAAUGGCAAUGAUUUCAGAUGAAACUGAAUCCCACUUUCAA